UGUUCAUUACCUUUGUAUGUUGUUUCACUAGUUGGUUGUCUCUGACUAGGCGCAUUAGGCCAAAUAACAAUUCUUAUUUAGUAAUUAUUUUCAAGUUGUGUGAAAUUACUUAGAAAAACUGAAAAAUGGAUAAAUAUGAACAAGUCGACAAUGUGUUCCACAAUGAUUCUGUUUAUAUGAAAAGUUUAGUUGGGAAAGAAGUGGAAUUAAAAACUAUUGAUGGAAAAACUCUUCUAGGAAUUAUUUAUGUGAUAGACCCAAUAUUUAAAACUGUUGUUUUACAUACCAACUUCCGGAACGAAAAAGACUUCCAAACAAUUUUCGUAUUUCAUCAUGCUAUUGAAUUUCUGAAGAUUGUGUCAGAUGAAGUUGAAGAUAGUUAUGUGAAAGAAGACAAUAAGAACAGGGGAACUGAUCAAUCGACCAGAAAAAGAAUGGUGAAGAAGUGGUUGAAACAAAUGUUAAUUGAUGUAAAUGAAAGUGGGGAUUACUUGAAAAUAGAGGAUCAUUUAGUAAUAGUGCCACCCUAUGAACCUGCAAAUUGUAUAUGCAACAAUACAAUGAUUCUAGAAAGAACUCAGAAAGUUUUGCAGCAGAUGCCUCAAGAAUACUCUUAGGAUGCAGGAAAACCCGGAAAAACCUGCAGCAUCACAUCAUCUGAAGAUCUUGAAGUGCCAAUGUCUUCUCUUUCGCAGAAUAAAAUGAAGGGUGUCUCCAGAGGUUCCAA